AUGGCACCUUCUGCUUCAUUGAUGAAAGCUUGCAAUGUCAAUACCCUUUCAGUUCCUAUUUUCAAACCAUGCACAAACCCUUCAUCAUCAUCACGUGUGUUCUUCUCAAAAUCCAUCAUCGAACUGACACUUCAUACCUCAAAUUCUGGCCAUAAUAAUCAGCACAGUAACAAUAACUUCCCACUAUUAUCAUUCCCGAGUUGUUCAUCAAAACCAGAUAUCAGCACAGACAGUAGUGACAUAGAAAACAAACCAAAGGGUAGUAGUGAACAGAGCUCAUUAGUUUCUAAACGCCAAAAGGCUUCGAAACUAGAUAAAAAUCAUGCAAGUGAAUCACUCACUACUUCUCCUGCAAAGUCCUCGUCGUCUUCUUCUUCACCAUCCAGAGGGUUGGUGUUUAGUUUAGGUCCUUCAGAUUCUUGGGACGGUGCAGAAGUUGGAUCACCAGUGGUUAAGAGGUUCCUCAGCGACGAUGAAGAGAGAUGGUUCAUGUGGUACCAUGGAAGAUCAAAUAACAGAAACCCUUCUUCUUCUGAUUGGGUUGGUCUUGCAACUUCAAGCAAUGUUGUUCACUGGGAGAGAGGUUCUGAUUCAGCAAGAUCAAGUAGUGGUGUUGGUUACGUUAUGAAGUGUGGUAAAGAAUGGUGGGAAUUUGAUACAAAGGGAAUUAGGCCUUCAGAGAUACUUAUGAUGUGUAGUUCCUGGGCUAGUGCUUCUAGUGCUGCUUACUGGCUCUAUUACACUGGCUACACUUAUGAAAAUGUAAACUUCAAUGAAAACCCAUGUUUGUGUUUCAACGAUGAUGGAGAAAGUUUGAAUCUUUUCAAGUCUCUACCUGGUUUGGCUGUGAGCCAUGAUGGGAGGCACUGGGCUAGAGUAGAAGGAGAGCAUCACAAUGGAGCAUUGUUUGAUGUUGGUGAUGAGAGAGAUUGGGAUUCAUUGUUCAUUUCAUCUCCAAGUGUUGUUUGCCAUGGGAACAGUGAUUUCAGGAUGUACUACCAUUCAUUUGAUGUUGAAAAGGGCCACUUUGCUAUUGGUUUAGCAAGGUCAAGGGACGGUAGAAGAAGGUGGGUGAAGUUGGGGAAAAUAAUGGGUGGAUCAGGUAAAGUUGGAAGCUUUGAGGAGUUUGGAGUGAUGAAUGCUUGUGUUAUAAGAAACCUCAGAGAUGGGAGCUAUGUGAUGGCUUAUGAAGGUGCUGGUGCUGAUGGGAAAAGGAGCAUUGGUGUGGCUGUUUCUGAUGAUGGGUUAAUGGAUUGGGUUAGGGUUCAAGAUGAGGCUGUUCUGAAGCCUUCUGAGAUUGGUUGCUGGGAUGAUAAGUGUGUGGGAUCUCCAUGUUUGGUUCAAAUAAUGGAUAGAGGAACAAACAAUGAUGAGUGGAGGCUGUAUUAUACAGGUGUUGGGAAUGGAGGAAGAGGAGGUAUAGGAAUGGCAGUGGGAGACAUAAGAAAUUUUAGGAGGUGGAGACGUUUUCAUGCAUAA